AUGUCAUCAAAGUUCGUAACCACGAUCAAUUCGUACGACUUCAAGACCUUUGGCCACGCAAAGGCCAAGUGCGACGCCGAAGCAGCGUGCCGUAACUGCUCCAAGAACCACACUUCGACCGAAGGAGCCGCUUGCUCGAGUCCCGCUUUCUGCAAGAACUGUAAUCAAAACCACCCACCGUCAAGCAAAACAUGCCCCGUUUAUCUACACGAAACAGAAAUAAUCAAGCUGAAGGUUGAUUGUGGAAUGACCUACAACGAUGCUAAACUCGAGAUUGAAAAGAGAAGUGGAGCAGGUAGCUACGCCAGUCAAGUUCAAGCUAGAUUAGCAAAGGCCCGAGAUGAAUCAGAAAAGGACAACGAAAUCAAAAAACUUCGAGUCGAGGUUGCCCAAAUGAAAACAAUCUUGGAAGCAUACACAAAACUAAAAACACAAAACGAUCAAAUGAAGCGCAAAUUACAAGAACUCUGUCGUAACAAGCCCAAAGACAAGAACAAACCAACCCCCCAGCUACCAGAAGAUCAAUCUAAUUCCACUUUCAAAAACCAGCAGACGACCAAGGAAGCAAAACAGCAACAUGAAAAGCAACACCAACAAACCCAAAACAAGAAGAAACGACCACUCAAGCCAUCACUAUCGAAUGAAGCAGAAGGCAGCUCACAACCCCCUGGCAAAAAGCUCGGGGUAGAAGAAGCCAACAAGCCAGAGACUAUGGAAAUCGACGUCAACAACAUUUACGAAAUCUUGGAAAUAAUCUCCGGCGACGAAGUGCUGGACGAUACAGCGGACGCAGACGAUGAGGAAGAUAAUGUCUAG